AUGGCAAAAAACGACGCGAUCGUGAUUCCGUAUUAUCGACCGGAUUUAGUGAGAAUCGCAAUUCUAAUCGAGAUGAGCUCAUUGAUUUUUCUGAUGAUCGCUGUACUCACCUACAUCAGAAUACUGAGAAGACGAGAGUUUUGCCAUAAAAAUUUGCUUGUCCUACUGUUGGCUCAUCCAUGCACACAUAUCACUUUUUUAUUGUUGAGAGCUGUGCGACAUGUUCUAUUCUUUACGGGUUAUCUCAACAACACCAUCAUCACUUAUAUCAAUUUCGCUUCGGAUACGUGUGUCAGCACGACUUUCAUCAUCGUUUUGGCGUACUCGAUCGAGCGGGUGAUCGCCAUGAAAUACGUGCACACUUAUGAGCAAAUGUGGGUGAAAUGGCCGACUCUCGGAAUCACACUCUAUGUCGCAUCGCUUCUCUAUUCUCUUUUCCUAAUCAUUUUAUGGAAUGCUCGUUUGUUGAAUAAUUUGAUGACAUAUGGUGCUCAAUAUUUUCUCUUCACAACGGCCACUAUUUUUUUCAUCUCAUUACGAAUAAGAAGUGGAAAAAUCUAUCGAUCGGUUGCUGAUAAAAAGGAUUCAACUGUGAAUGAGAGAUAUCUUUCGGCGAGAAAUCUGAAAGCGGCGAAACUAUUGAUCCGUCUCGCUCCAUUCAAAUGUAUCACCAACUAUUUCUCGUUGGCCGUUUAUUUUUGGUGUUUCGAGAUGCAUUCACCCUUUUAUUUCCCUCUCUACAGUUCCAUUUAUUUCUUCGCCAGUCACAUUCAGUUAUACGUGCAAAUGUUGCUAACAAUUUACGGGCAUACUGUGCUCAAAGAGGAAUUUCGCUCGUUUUUCGGUGGCCAAAGAAAAUCCGAGCCAGAAGAGAUUUACAAUGUGCUGGGAAAUAAAAUGAUAUUCAAUAAAGCCGAGCAGAAUGAGGUGGAUAUU